AUGGCAGUUUGGAUGACACUUAUAAAAAAGCUUGGAAGGUCCUUAUGCAUCGCUAGGCAUUUUUCAAAUUCUAAAGCGUUGUUACAAAGUUCAGAAUGUGAUGAUAUUGUUUAUGGACCAGAGCAUUGGCAGCUUAGAUAUUCUUUAAGAAAAGUAAUAUGGAUUUAAAAAAAAAAAAAUAUUUCUAUCAAUAGCCGGGCGAUCGCAACUAAUCUGAUGGUGGAGGUGAAAAUGAAGUAGGCGAGCGUAGUCCAGAAAAAAUGAAGGACUUUGAACCUUUAUUGUUUAGUUGACUUACUACUUAUUAAAUUAACUUAGUAACUGCUGCCAGUCUUACUUAGUCUACUUAGAUUUAUGAUUUACUAUGAUUCAUGAUUUAGAUAAAAACUAAGACUAAAGCCAUUCAUUUUAUUUUUAAAAAAAAAUGUGAAUCCCACCCUCUAGUCUAGUCUAAUAAAAUAACGCAAGGCUAAAACUAAAAGCCAAAACCCCUAAACCUAGCCUAAGACAUAGUCUAAGAAUUAAAUGCUGAAAGCCAAAGUCCCUAAAUCUAGCCUAAGACAUAGUCCUAAGAAUUAAGUUAAGAAGAGUGAUAGUGAUGGUCACUAAUUUGUAGUAAAAGUGUCUUUUCAACUCUUUUCUUUGAAAAUUCUUGGUGAUGAUCAAUGAUAGUAAGUAAGUGAUUGAAAAUGAGUAUAUUGUCAGUAUACUUGGACACAUUGAUUGAUAACUUCAACACAGCUGGGACGGACACAGCUCACGACAUCCUCAGUAAACAUCGACCAUCUCGAAAACCAUGGGUGACAGCUGACAUACUUGAUCUGUGUGAUAAACGGAGGCAGUUAUAGAAAACAAAAAUGGUAAAUACAGAGGGGGCCAUUAAAUAUAGGAAUCAAGCCAUCAAAAAAGGUAUGAAAAGGGCAAAGAAGAACUGAAUUGAAGAGCAAUGCUACGACAUUGAUAACUGCGUGAAGAAAAACAAUAGCAAAAAAGCUUACCAGUUGGUGAAAGAAUUAACCACUGCAAAACAAGGGCGUAGUACUACCAUACAGGAUACAAAUGGUAAAUGUUUGACCGAAGAAAAUGAUAUCAUCAAACGAUGGACUGAAUACUGUUCAGAGCUUUAUAAUGAAAGUAUAAAGAUAGACCCGGAGAUCCUUAAUAUCCCUCCAGCAACAGACAAUGAUAACUACCCUAUUCUCCGCGCAAAAGUAGAAGCAGCAGUCCAGGUACUCCAAACAGGAAUGGCAGCAGGAGUGGAUAAUAUCCCUACCGAGUUGAUGAAACAAGGAGGAGAAGCAAUGAUAAUGAUUCAAUAUUUGCAAAAAAGGUAACCUACAGCUAUGCCAAAACUAUCGCGCAAUUGGCCUAAUAAGCCAUCCAAGCAAGGUCAUGCUGAAUGUCAUAUUGAACCGACUAAAACCAUAUGCCAACAGAAUCAUUGCUGAAGAACAGGCGGGCUUCAGACAAGGACGGGGCACUACUGAGCAGAUUUUAAACCUCCGAAUACUAUGCGAGAAAUAUGUUCAACACCAACAAAACCCUUACCACGUCUUUGUUGACUUCAAGAAAGCAUUUGACAGGGUAUGGCAUGCUGCUUUAUGGGCCACCAUGAGGCACUACAACAUCAACACAAACCUAACCAGCAUGAUAUGCAACCUCUAUGAUAAGGCCACCAGUGCAGUCUUCCUCAACAACAACAUUGGAGAAUGGUUCAAGACCACGGUUGGAGUACGACAAGGCUGCCUGCUCUCCCCCACCCUAUUCAACAUCUUCCUAGAGAGAAUUAUGUCAGAUGCUCUGGAAGCACAUGAAGGGACAGUCAGCAUUGGUGGCAGAACAAUCGGCAUGCUAAUCAGUGCCGAAAAGACAAAACUGAUGACAAAUAAUACCGCAGGCAUCACCACUGAAAUUAAGGUCGGGGAGGAUAGAUUAAAGAUUGUCGGCCGCUUCAAAUACCUAAAAGCAAUAGUCUCAGAAGAAGGCUCUAAGCCCGAACUGAUGUCCAGGAUUGCGUAGACUACAACAGUACUAAAGAAGCUCAAGAAAAUAUGGAAUGACAAAAAUAUAGCCCCCAGCACCAAAAUCAGGCUGAUGCGCUCAUUAGUCCUCUCCAUUUUCCUGUAUGCCUGCGAAUCCUGGACAUUAACAGCCAAUCUUGAAAGGAAAAUAAAGGCGAUGGAGAUGAGAUGCUUCAGAAGCAUUUUUGGCAUCUGCUUUAGGGACCAUAUCUCCAAUGAUACAGUGAAAGAAAGGGUUUGUCAGGCAAUUGGGGAGUACAAUGACCUACUGGUGACUGUGAAAAAACUCAAACUACAAUGGUACGGCCACGUAACAAGGAAACAAGGGCUUGCCAAAGAAAUAUUGCAGGGCACCACAAGAGGAGGGAGAAGAAGAGGAAGACAAAGAAAAAGAUGGGAGGAUAACAUCAAAGAGUAUACAGGACUAACACUGGGCGAUGCAGUGCGUAGUGCUGAAGACAGAGGAAUGGAGGAGGAUGGUUCACAUGUCAUCUGUGGCGCCCCAACGGUCCAACUACUAAGGGACAUUAGGAUGAGGAUACUUGUAAUACUAUAUGAGUAUGGGAUGACAUGUAAUUGUAAUGCUAAUAAUAGUUAUUGUAAUUUUGUAAGUUGUGUAACUAACUCAUUUCAAUAAUUGUCAAUAUUCAUUAUAUUUAUGUAAUUGUGAAUUCACUAAAUUCUAAUGUUAUUGAUGCUCUUACUAGUCUUAAUAAUAUUAUAAUUAAUAUUGUUUUAGUCGCCUAGGCUUAUUUAAAUAAUUAAAUACUAUACUUUAGACUCUAGGCCUUGGUCAAAAUUUUCUAGGAUUAUGAUAAUGAUAGAAUUGGGUUAGGUAGCGUCAACACCAGAAAUGGCGUCCACAGUAUAUAGGUCAUGGAGGUUCCCCAGUUCAACUUACAGCCGCCUUCGUUCCAUGUUUAAAAUAUUUAAAUUUUAUGCUCUCUGUUUGAUAACAAGUUUGUUUUGCACAUUUUGUAUUUUUGUCUUGAAAGUGGGGGGAGGUUCAUGUGUCCCGUCCCGUCCCCCCCCCCCCGGAAACUACUGUGUUUAUUAUUUUUGUAUUGAAAUUUGGGGAGGGGUCGUAAAAUUGCAUCAUGAUAGAAAUUUUUUAUGCUCUCUGUUUGAUAACAAGUUUGUUUUGCACAUUUUGUUUUUUUGUCUUGAAAGUUGGGGGAGGUUCAUGUGUCCCGUCCCGUCCCCCCCCCCCCCGGAAACUACUGUGUUUAUUAUUUUUGUAUUGAAAUUUGGGGAGGGGUCGUAAAAUUGCAUCAUGAUAGAAAUGAAUGCUGUCCAGGUACUUUUGAUAAUGACAGCACAUUGAGCAAUGCGUGCAUAUUUUUUUAAAACCAAUGUUCAUUUUGGGGUAUCAACAAGGAAGAGUUUCUUUUUUAACUCUUUUGAACCUUGUAGGUUGAAUUUUAAUGAGGCUUUCCGUUAAUGACAACUAUAUUUCAACUUAUGGGAAUUUAUAUGUGCUUGUCACUUAUUUUAGUGCCAUAUCAUCAUUAUGUUGCUCAACAUGUCACUGGUGAUAUUGACAGUACUCUCUGGUAUUUAAGGGGUUAAUGUUUCUAAAAAGUUAAAUAUGUCAAAUUUUAAAAAUGCUAAAUGAUUUUUUUUUUGUUUUUUGUACAGAUUAUUGAGAAAGACAUCAAUCCGCAUGUUGAUGAAUGGGAAGCUCAAAGAAAAUUUCCAGCACACAAAGUUUUUAAGAUUCUGGGUGACAAUGGAUUUCUAGGUGUCAAUAAACCAAAAGGUGAAAGAUUUAAACUUUUUUUAAUAAAUCCAUUAAACAAGGAACGUUUCUCAAACAAUCACUAAAAAUUUAGAUUUCAUUUGAAGCCUAAUGAAACUUGAUUGAUUUAUUUCACCAAAAGAAAAAACAAUGGAGCCAUUAUUUAAAAAGUAAAUCGCCAGAGGCCCAUACAGGGUCUUAUGGUGGAGAAAUCAUUACCUUUGGUGUACAUGCAUACCGUACUUUUGGGCAAGAAAUCAAUAACGAUUAUCACAUUUUUAUCAUGUGAGAGUGACCUACUUCUUCAUUUUGUUCCACCACUGACCCACUAGACAUUUCAGGUUUAACAUUUACUUUUAAUUAAAAUUGGGUAAAAUUAAUUUUAUUCAAAUUUUUUUUACAUAUUCAUGUAAAAAGAUUUCAAGCAAUUUCUCUUUGCAGUAUAACAAAGAUAAACAUAUUUUUUACAUAAAUUAUUAGUUUUGAGUUUGCAUAAUUUGCAUCGUUGACGCUGAUCACUUUUGAUAAGAAAGUGAUAGCCAUAUGUUCUUACGUCUGGGACUGGUAUCAGUUGUUCUUGAUACUUCAUUUUCUUCAUUGGACAUUCUCUGGUGAUUUCAAGUUAUGGUCGUCCACAUUUCAUGUCCCUUGCGGCAUUAAUUUGAAUCGGAUGUGAUGCAAGUGUAGCUUGAAAGGUUCGCUGAUUCAUAGUUUCUCAUUUUGCCUGCCCAGGCAACUGACAUUCACAUCGAUAGGAGAGCCAGGCAUUUAUCAGAAUCAUAGUAAUGGUGUGCCAAAAAGUACACAGAUAUCAGUGCUUGGAUUUCAUCCUAUGUAACAUAUUUAUAAAAUAUCCUAUAUAAGUUUGCUAUAUAACACCCAUAAAGCUCUACACCUCUAUGUUUUCAUUGUAAAACUACAGGUCUCCGAACUUGAACAUGUGUGCAUUUAGAUUGCUCUCAUCGAGUGACUGUGUUACUGGGAUCAUUACUACAAAUGGUGGAUAUCUCAUUUAUCACUCUGGUAUCAUAUCGGCGAACUGCAACAACCUUAGUUGUUUUUCUAAUGCACUGAUCCAUCGCACCUUCGUCUCUUUUCUUGAUGUGGGCAUCGGACGGCUGCUUGACUUCUGGAAUGUGAUUGGGUCUGGCUGUACCAGUGUAGUGAAUGCCUAGGUUUUGUACUGCUGUCAAAACAUGAAUACUGGUGAAAAGGUUGUCUGCAUUUACUUUGAAAUACAGAAGUGGUUGUCCUGGAACAUUUUGUGGCGAUGAAAGAACACGUUUCAGAACAAUCUCCGGGCCCAAUAUUUUCUUUUUUAUCUUUGUUGCCUUUAUAAACAUCAAAGUCACAAAGAAUUCCACUGGCACUUGUUCUCUUCCAGAUUUUGAUUCCCCAUGGAUGUUGUUUUCCCUUCACAUGUUGUUUUAUUUUAAUGAAUCUCCUGUUACAUGGGAUCAUCAUUGUGUUGAUGCUAUGGUUCUCUUGUGGCACAAUUUUUAGAUGGCUGUAAUGAUGACUUUUAUCAAAAUUUUGUUGUACCCAGUGCAAAGAAAUAGUUUUGUGGCUUCAAUUCAUAAUUUGUUUUAAGCUUUGUAAAUUAAGUAGGUGCACAAAUGAAUUCAAAGAAUGUUGAAAUGUCACUAUAAUUAUGUUUUAAUUCAUAUUUAAACCCAGAAUAUGGUGGCCUUGAACUUGACUAUACCUACAGUAUAGCUGUAGCCGAGGAGCUUGGAAAUAUCAAUUGUGGAGGAGUCCCAAUGGCUAUAGGAGUGCAGACCGACAUGGCAACACCAGCUCUGGCUAGGUAGGUACAAACAGACUUAACAUUACCUGAUCUGGCUAGGUAGGGUAUUUUUAUGACUACAAACAGACAGGAAGACGUGUACUUUGCCUUUGUAGUAUAUAUAUUUAUAUAAGCUAUUGUUAUAUUAUAACUAAUAGAACAGAUAAAGGAACAAUUAGUAAAAGGCCUCACAUAAGUAAAAUAAUAGUAUUGAUCAUUGUGUUGUUACUGCCUGUUAAUAAAGAAUAACAUAAUUUGUAAUCAAUCAAUGAACACAGGAAAAAUUGUUUUCAAAUUCUUGCUGACACAGGUUUGGCAGUGAUUUUUUAAAGCGAGAAUUUCUUGCACCCUCAAUAGCUGGAGAUAGUGUGGCAUGUCUGGGAGUCAGUGAGGUGGGUUCUGGUUCUGAUGUUGCCAGUAAGUGAUCCAGUUUUUGUUUUAAUUUACUUACCACUGUGUAUCAUUUACGACCUGCAAGGGACAGUAAAUUUUCUUCUCCUUUUUUUUUUUUUUUUACAGAAAAUAAAAACAUGAGUUAAUUUGAUAAGUAUUUAUGCAUUACUUUUGAGUAAAGAGCAAUUAUUUUAUGUAAAUAGCUAGGGGUGUGCCGGAUCCGUUUUUUACAACCGGAUCCGGAUCCGGAUUUUCUUAUGCGAAAUCCGCCGGAUCCGGAUUCCGGUUUCUCCCGGAUUCCGGAUUUUGGUACUAUUGGUAGAUACUUCGGUAAGUCAAGGUGGACUACUACUUUUUGUGUAUGGGAAUUCGCAAUCGGCGCCAAAAAAUCCGAGUUUUUAAUUUUCCGAUGUGUGUGUCUAUUUAUUAUUAAAUUAGUACUUUCGAUAUAUAUUUGAGUUCCGUUCCAUUUGGAUAAGUGUCUUACGAGAGACGCCAUGUUUCUACGCGUUCGCAGCAGGUUAUGCAGCUCGCUCAACCUAAUUUCGCCAUGGGGUUGGCCACGCCCCCCUUUUUAAUGGCGGAAGUUGACGAUACUUAGGAAAUAUUAAUUUAUUAUCACUAUUUACAUCAAAAUAAUUGAUAACUUGUGUUUCAGAAUGCAUUUAAAGACAUUUAAACUGGAAUGUUUUAAUUUGAGCUUUAACAACCCGGUAGAAUCCAUAUUAUAAAUGAUCAGAAUUUACCGUGUGCAACACGUUGUCAUUGGCAACCAUUCACAGCCACUUGCAUAACUGUAUCGUAGUACUACCUCAGAGUUUCAUUCAUAAGAGUUUGCCGUGUGCAAAAACUAUUAAACCAUUGGUCAGGGAAAGCUUUAAUUAAUUAUUCAUGUGCCAAAGUUGAAAGUUUAAACUAAGUCUAAACAGUAUUUUAGUGAUAAGGCAGGGAAUGCGUUGCCUUAUAUAAACUAUAUAGUCAUUGCGCAUGACGGGAUUGGUGGAAUGAGAUCACAGAAUGUGGAGAUGCAGUCCAUGUUAAAAAAUGACAAACCAAGUCGUACUUUAAAAAUUCAUAACUUUAAAACUACAACAGCUAAAAAUAUGAUUUUGGUGUUAUAAUUCUUUAAAAAAUUACAUCUUUUCAACUAUGCCAUUGGUUUAUUUUUACAAAAAGUUUAAAUUUUCUUAUCAAAGUCCCUACACUAUUGGCCACUAUUAGCGGUGCUGACUCUAGCCUCUGGUAUGUACGGAAUAUUAAACAUUAAACAAGCUCAACGCUCGAAACAAUCGAUUAAUGUAUCGUGAUCGUGUGAAAUUCGGGAAAGAGAAUUACUUUUAUUUCAGAUUAUGAUCCGGUGAGUCACAAAAUCUGGCAAAUUCCGAAAUCCGGUAUAUUCCGGAUUCCGGAAUCCGGUUGUUCCGGAUACAUGUAAAUCCGGCGGAACCGGAUUUCACCGGAUAGUGCAAAAUCCGGCGGAACCGGAUUCCGGACCGGGGUCCGGCACACCCCUAUAAAUAGCUUGGUUUCUAAAUAUGUGUCUGAGUUUUUAACCUAUUAUAAAUACUGCUCAUCAUUUGACAGGUAUACAGACUAGGGCGUCGAGGAAAGGAGAUGACCUGAUUCUAAAUGGGGGGAAAAUGUGGACGACCAAUGGAACGCAAGCAGACUGGAUGUGCUGUUUAGCCAACACAAGUGAUGGGAAGUCUCAUUUUAACAAGUCGCUCAUAUGCUUGCCCAUGAAAACACCAGGCAUGUCAAUCUUCUUAGAGAGCAAUUUAUAAUAAUUUUUCUACAUUUUUAUUUAUUGAACUGAAAAAGUCAAUCAAAAUUUAUUUAAUGUUUUUAUUUACAAAUGAGGAGCAGGAAAAACAAGUAUGGGUGAUUUCAAAUCCAUUAAACACUUUUAAUUUUAUAUUUCUUUGUAUAGUGCUCAACUGACUUAUAUAUGAUCAACAGACUAAAUUAUGUGGUACCACGAUCAGACUUGUCACUGGUAGCUUACAUAACAAGUGGGUUGACAUUCCCUUGUGUAUGGUCCUCUUAAAUUUAACACCAGAUUUCAUGUUAUUUAACUAGGUGUAACAGUUGCCAAGGAAAUCCAGAAACUCGGCAUGUGGAGCUCUGACACUGCCCAGAUUUUCCUGGAUGACGUGAGGGUACCAAGGUCACAUAUCAUUGGGGAGGAAGGCCAAGGGUUUACCUACCAGAUGCUUCAGUUCCAGGAGGAGAGAAUAUUUGCUGCAGCCGCUGGUAGAUCACAUUUUCCCCCACAUCUUACAAUUUUAACUUUUCUUAUAUUUUUAAUUCAAAAUAGUUAUUUUGACCUGUGUCUUUUUUGUUAACAUAUUGCUUAUGCACAUUAAGAGUCUGUGAAAUAAUAAUAUACAAAAUUGUUUGGGCUAUGGAAAAUAUCUUAUACUUCCUGCACAUAUACUGAAUGUGGGCCUACAUAGAGGUCUUUUUGCAACUAAUAAUUUAUUUUUCUUCUCCAGUUCUUAUGCCCAUAGAGAAUAUGAUUAGUGAAACCAUCAAGUAUACAAUAGAGAGAAAAAUUUUUGGCCAGCCUGUGUUAAACUUCCAAGUUGUUCAUUUCACAUUGGCCGAGCUGGCAGCUGAGUUGGAGAUGCUGAGAUCUGCCACAUAUCGGGCUGUGGGUAGGUCGACGAAUAAAUCUGCUGAUGCACUCUGGAUAACAAUGGAAUAUCUUUUAUCAACUUUCAGCACUACACUCAUAAAUAAGAGAAGAAAAUAUGGAAUAUCACAAUUUAAUUCAUUUUAUUUGACUUUCUAAUUUUGUAACAGUAUGUCAAAGGAUGAGGCCUUUCCAAUAUAAAAAAUAUAUUUACGUUAUUAUUUAUCUUCAUAAGCCUAUGGACAAAAAAAAUAAUAUUUUUAGCUUUGUAUACCUAUAGAUGAGAAAAAUAUUCAUUACUCUUAAGCCUUAUAACCCAAAAGGCCAGAAAUAAAUGUUUUAACAAUUUAGCCUUAUAUGUCAGUCAAGAGGGAUGUUACCAAGUUUGAUUUAUAUUUCUUUUCCAGCUUUGUAUGCCAAAGGUCAAGACGUUACCAAGCUUGCUUCCAUGUGCAAGUUGAAAGCUGGCAGGCUGGUACGUGAAGCCACUGACAAGUGCCUUCAGUACUGGGGGGGCAUGGGCUUCACUGAGGACGUUAUUAUCAGUAGGUUUUACAGGUAAGUCUGGUGUGUACCAGUCUCUUUUAUUUGGUCAGGUUUUUUAUGAAUUUUUUUACAUUGUGAAGUCUUAAUUUUCCAAAGGUUACAAGCGUUAAAUCCAUGCGUUAUAAUAAUUACACAUAAUAAAAAAAAUUCAAAAACAUUCAAACCAUAUUUCUAAAAAAAAAAAAUGUAUCUACCUUGUGUGAGACGCAAUAACCUUAUAAAGUUUAUAUCUGUUUUUCAUGAACCAUAAAACUAACUUUCUUUAGAGGUUAAGUGCCGCUUCCAAUUUACUAUGUUCAACUGUCAGGUUUGAUAGCAUAAAAUGCUUCCUAAACUGUAUUCUGAAACCCAUGGACACUUUCAACAAUCCAAAUCAUUUAAGGGGGUAGGCGCCCGAAAAUAUCUAAAAUUUUCAAAAAUUGUCAAUUUUUUUAUUUUUUCAUUUUUACGAAGAUAAACAUUCUUAGAAUCGAUUACAUAUCAAUUGAUACUACUUUUUAAAAGAUUUGUUGUGAAACAACUGAUAUUUAACACCCCUCCCCACUCUAAAAAUUGACCUAAUUUUGGAAAUAAAAUAAAAUUCAUACAUAUCCCAUGUUUGAGACCUCAAAAAACUAGUUUUAAAUAACAUAAUAUGCUAUUAUUAUAUAUCAACGUAAAGGUAAAUUCAAGCAGUUUUUUUUAAUUUUUAGAAUCGAAGUCAGUAAAUAUAAUUGCUACAAAUAAUCGGAUCCACAAGCGAAGUGUGUGUAGGAUUUUCUUCACUUCUAUUUAUAUAAUUAUUUUACCGAUUUUCAUUGGUCCGAACCGAGGGUAACCAAGAUACCGUUGACUCGCGCAUGCGCAAAUGCGUUGUUUAUGCGUGUUUACCGGAUCAUGGUUCUGUGUACAGAACGACAUUUUGCAAACGAAAGCAUCAGCAUAUUUUGAUUUUAAAAUACACGUUUACAACCUUACCCAUUCGGUAAAAGCCAGAAAUUCAAGGUAAGUAUACUAAAAAAAUGACCUUAAUUUAGCAACAUGCAAUCGGUGAUAGUUGAAAUUAUUCAGUUCGGACGUCAGUACUGUCACUGUGUUGCCUUGAUGAUUGAUCGUGCGUGUGGAUUGUUUGUGAGUUUAUGUUUAGCUUAUGCCUUAUGCGGAGAAUUACAUAAGUUUCUACUAUUAGUCUUUAUAUUUACCAAUCAAGUGAAUUGUUAAAUUAUAUGAAUCCUAAGCCUAUUUAUUUAUAGUUGUCUAACAAAACAACAUUGAUAAAUAAUCGAGUAGUUCAAAGUAAUAGCAUAGGCUAAGACUAAGGCUAGGACUAAAACAACAACGCAAUAUGCCGUAAUACUACUAUAAUUAUGGCAUGGUAUUAGCAUUAGCAGUAUGGGGAAAAUAAUUCGUAUUAGAAUCUUUUAACUCAAAUAGUUUAAUCUUAGCCUUAUUCAUUUUUUUUAUCUGCAUACAAUUAUUAAUAGUAAUAGCUAAUUAGUUUUAUAUUAUUUCUUAUUUAUAAGAUCAGUUCAAUUGACUAAUAAUAGUAAUUAUAAUAAAAUAAGUAUUUAGUUUAGCAAUCCUAAACAUCUAAAUAAUACUAAUAGGCUUAUUGAGAUCAUUUUCAAUAUAUUAUUUGCUAAAUAAUGUUUAUAUAAUUUUUUAAUUCCAUUCCAGCCCCCAAUUAGUUCUACCGAGCCGAGCAAAAGUUAAUUCUUCAGUGACAAGAAUUCUACAGAGGGACUGCUAAACAUUGAUUUCGAAAUGAUCAUAAUUCAAAGCUUUUACCAAUUUUCUUCUGUCUGCAGUGGAAUGGACGAAUUGCAGAAGCCAUAACUUACAGCUGAUUGCAAAACAAAAUAGUAAAUACUAUGAACAUAACAAUGACUAGAUUGUGAGUGGUUAGAUUGUUUAUAUCAACAACUGGAUAACCAAGUCAUUAUCAAUUAUAGACUCUAAGGCCUGAAGGACAAUGGCAUGGACUAUGAAAAGUUGCAAUCUAUGACAUCUGCGAUAAACAAUCCAGCUGCACCACAAAAUUUAUAACCUGCGCAAAGUAUAAAAACUGCGCUAUGCCGAAGACAUGAAACAUUUAUGAGCAAGUAUCUUCCCAAUUAUUACAUUUCUAAUAGACAAAUAACUCAUUCACCUCUGGUAUGAGGGACAUCUUUGAUGAAAGAAGUACACAGAAUAGGUACAAAAGUUUCAACAUAGCAUUGCUGCCAUGAAACUAUGCUCAUUUUUGUUUACAGCUUGUGGUAGUUACUAGUCUCUGAUACUAUAGCAGUGGUCGGCAAGCCGCGGCUCGUCCAGACUGCGGCUCGGCCAGUCAACUACAAAGCGGUUUUUACUCCGAAAAACAUGGUCCUUGACAGGUUCUUGAAAAUAAAUUUGGCUCGCAAAAUUUGUUUAAUGGUCCUGCUGCUGAUUUGGGCUCUUUUGACCAAUGAGUAUGCUGACCACUGCUCUUUAGUAUGUGAACGUAAAAACUCAGGGGCAUAUUGGAUAGGCGAGGGCACUAUGUUUUUCCUAUUAAUGAGGGUGGGGGAAGGUGGGUUCGUCACCAGCACGGAAAUACGUGUUAGUGGACUAGUGUGUUGUCACUAUGUCGUGUUAAAUAUGACUACUACAGCGACCUCUUUAUGAAAACACAAAGCAUUAGUAUACGGUAUACGAUAAAUGCGAAGCAUUGUGGUGAUAUUUGUAUAGCCUUAAGGGGUGAGGCGCUCGAAAAUAUCUAAAAUUUUCAAAAAUUGUCCAUUUUUUUAUUUUUUCAUUUUUACGAAGAUAAACAUUCUUAGAAUCGAUUACAUAUCAAUUGAUACUACUUUUUAAAAGAUUUGUUGUGAAACAACUGAUAUUUAACACCCCUCCCCACUCUAAAAAUUGACCUAAUUUUGGAAAUAAAAUAAAAUUCAUACAUAUCCCAUGUUUGAGACCUCAAAAAACUAGUUUUAAAUAACAUAAUGUGCUAUUAUUAUAUAUCAACGUAAAGGUAAAUUCAAGCAGUUUUUUUAAUUUUUAGAAUCGAAGUCAGUAAAUAUAAUUGCUACAAAUAAUCGGAUCCACAAGCGAAGUGUGUGUAGGAUUUUCUUCACUUCUAUUUAUAUAAUUAUUUUACCGAUUUUCAUUGGUCCGAACCGAGGGUAACCAAGAUACCGUUGACUCGCGCAUGCGCAAAUGCGUUGUUUAUGCGUGUUUACCGGAUCAUGGUUCUGUGUACAGAACGACAUUUUGCAAACGAAAGCAUCAGCAUAUUUUGAUUUUAAAAUACACGUUUACAACCUUACCCAUUCGGUAAAAGCCAGAAAUUCAAGGUAAGUAUACUAAAAAAAUGACCUUAAUUUAGCAACAUGCAAUCGGUGAUAGUUGAAAUUAUUCAGUUCGGACGUCAGUACUGUCACUGUGUUGCCUUGAUGAUUGAUUGUGCGUGUGGAUUGUUUGUGAGUUUAUGUUUAGCUUAUGCCUUAUGCGGAGAAUUACAUAAGUUUCUACUAUUAGUCUUUAUAUUUACCAAUCAAGUGAAUUGUUAAAUUAUAUGAAUCCUAAGCCUAUUUAUUUAUAGUUGUCUAACAAAACAACAUUGAUAAAUAAUCGAGUAGUUCAAAGUAAUAGCAUAGGCUAAGACUAAGGCUAGGACUAAAACAACAACGCAAUAUGCCGUAAUACUACUAUAAUUAUGGCAUGGUAUUAGCAUUAGCAGUAUGGGGAAAAUAAUUCGUAUUAGAAUCUUUUAACUCAAAUAGUUUAAUCUUAGCCUUAUUCAUUUUUUUUAUCUGCAUACAAUUAUUAAUAGUAAUAGCUAAUUAGUUUUAUAUUAUUUCUUAUUUAUAAGAUCAGUUCAAUUGACUAAUAAUAGUAAUUAUAAUAAAAUAAGUAUUUAGUUUAGCAAUCCUAAACAUCUAAAUAAUACUAAUAGGCUUAUUGAGAUCAUUUUCAAUAUAUUAUUUGCUAAAUAAUGUUUAUAUAAUUUUUUAAUUCCAUUCCAGCCCCCAAUUAGUUCUACCGAGCCGAGCAAAAGUUAAUUCUUCAGUGACAAGAAUUCUACAGAGGGACUGCUAAACAUUGAUUUCGAAAUGAUCAUAAUUCAAAGCUUUUACCAAUUUUCUUCUGUCUGCAGUGGAAUGGACGAAUUGCAGAAGCCAUAACUUACAGCUGAUUGCAAAACAAAAUAGUAAAUACUAUGAACAUAACAAUGACUAGAUUGUGAGUGGUUAGAUUGUUCAUAUCAACAACUGGAUAACCAAGUCAUUAUCAAUUAUAGACUCUAAGGCCUGAAGGACAAUGGCAUGGACUAUGAAAAGUUGCAAUCUAUGAUAUCUGCGAUAAACAAUCCAGCUGCACCGCAAAAUUUAUAACCUGCGCAAAGUAUAAAAACUGCGCUAUGCCGAAGACAUGAAACAUUUAUGAGCAAGUAUCUUCCCAAUUAUUACAUUUCUAAUAGACAAAUAACUCAUUCACCUCUGGUAUGAGGGACAUCUUUGAUGAAAGAAGUACACAGAAUAGGUACAAAAGUUUCAACAUAGCAUUGCUGCCAUGAAACUAUGCUUUAAUUUCAGUGAUGGUGACAGCAACAUAACCUUGUCAUCUAAGCAUGGUUAAAAGGAUCAUGGACAAAAGGGUUGAUUGGGGACUUUGGAUAACUUGUGUUAUAUUAUAAUGCUGAACAAAAAAUUCUAAUACAACACAAAUUAGCUUUAUUCCAGAGGAAAAAAAUUUUUUGUUUAAAAUUGUGAUUUUGACGAGAGCACCUGAUGAAGUUCAAGAAGUUAAAACCCAUGUUCCUGGUGCAUUCAACAGUUCAAUAAUAUAAGAAACCACCAUGUCCAUGUUGCUGAACAAAAAAAACUAUGUAAAAGAACUUCAUUUUCAUAUUAAACUUAAAAUUUUUCACUUUUAAAGUUUAAAAUUGAUUUUUCUCAAAAUUGUUUUUUUCUGUUGUUUUGUAACGUAGAAUUCUAAAAUCUCAGCUAAUAUACAAGCUAGAGUAAUAAAAUUUGGUGUGUAUCUUCCUUUAACUAUUUUGUGGGUAAUGAGCUAUUCAAAAAUCAAUUUGGUCAAUUACUUUUGUUAAAAUAAUUUUUUUCAUAUCCUAGGAUGGUAAAUUUUAAGCGUUUUCUGCCGAGGCAAAUUUUAAAAAUUAAAAAAAAAAUGUUUUGAAAAGUUUUAAGGAAAUUAAACUAGCUCAGUACCUCUAAAUAUAAUUGAAGUUCAUGAAUCAAUCAAUUUUUAAGCAAUAUGUAUGUUUGUUUUUAAAAUUUUAGAACUCUACGAAUGGGUAUUAUUUUCAAGAUGGCCGCCGUUGCGAUGGCAACUAUAUAAUUUUUUUUUAUUUUAAAGCAUGAAAAUAUAUCUCCAUUCAUAGCUUAACAUGACCAUAAUAAAAUAAUUGCUCUAAGUUGGUUAAUUUUAAAAAAAAUUUUUUGGUAGCCUGCCCCCUUAACACCACAAAACAGUGGUGGGAAAUAAAAUUUAUAUUUUUUUUUUGUUUCUCCUAAAUUUGGAAUUUAUUUAUUGACACACGUUGAAUAUUAUUUGUUUUUUAUUUUAGAGACAUGCGUUUGAUAUCCAUUGGAGGCGGGGCUGAUGAGGUUAUGCUGUCAAUCAUAUGCAAACUCAUGAACACCCUCCCAAAGACUAAGAAGUAAUUUUUAAAAAAUUUCAUACUAAAGGUAUGUAAAAAAUUAUUUAUUAAUUGAUUUACAGCUCUGCUGUAUGAUAUAUGUAGGCUCCUAUUUAUAAAAUAUAACACAGCACUCUUCAAUCACAGUUUUUGAUGUAGCAAUUUAAUUAUAUAGGUGGAUAGGACACGCUCUCCGAAAACCCAGACAAUCGCUAACAUAGAAUCCACAGGGAAAAAGAAAGAGAGGAAGGCCUAAGAAUACAUUGAGACGCGAGCUAGAGGCAGACACGCAAAGUAUGGGAUAGCACCUGGAAAGAAAAGCACAGGACCAUGAUGAAUGGAAAAUUCUUGUUGACGGCCUAUGCCCCAGGCGGGGUAAAAAGACAUAAAUGAAGAAUUUAAUUAUAUAAAACUAGAAAUUAUGCACCAAACAAUGGCAGUGGCAAUGCUUGAACUUCCCAUCUAUUACAGUUGCUUGACAAAACAUUCCCUCAAGUAACACACUUUAUUAGGAAUCCCAAUAAGCGCUAGCUUGUGGGAAUUUUAUUUUGUCGACCUUUUGAACAGGACAUUACCCCACACAUACAUAUAUAGAGAAUAUAUAUUUGUGAUUAUUGAACAAAAUUUUUUUAAAAGGGAUUUGAUUUCAACUGUUCAUUAAGUAUUGGCUAAUAAUUAACAGUUCAAGUAUUUCAUCACACAAUUUAUUGGACUCAUUUUGGUUUUAUGAUUUCCUUUAUUGUCUUUCAGGUGUUGAGAUUCUUCCCCUUUGGAAAAGAAAAUAUUAUGUGCACUUGGUAUGAGAGAAAUGUGCCUUCAUUUUGCUUAGGAUGAUGACGAAUUGCAAAGAUCAAGCCUGCAUAACUAAAAUGUAAGGCGGCCGUAAUACUUAAUGAAAAACUUGUGCGGGCUGAAAGAAAAUAGGACAGGAGGGGGGAACUAUUAAGAAAAUAAUAAAGAAUAUUUUGUUACUUCGCGGGCCGCAAAGUGGCUGCUGGCUGCAAAGUGGCUGCUGGCUAGACAUACAUUGUGCAGGCCUGAUUAAGAUAUGGUCAUAAAGCUAUUUUUUUAUAUUUUCAAAAUGUAAAAAAAUGUAGUUCCUAACUCAGAAUUCUUGUAAUUUAAUAGUCCUUAAAUGACAAUAUUUUUGGUAAAUGUUCAAGUGUUCUUGAAAAAUACACUUUGAUACACUAAGUACUUAACCUGUACCUUUAAAUUUUCUUGAUUUCGAUCACGGGUCAAGGCGGCAUAUAGCUGAUUACAAUUUGAAUGAACUCACCAUUUCUGUUAACUCAAGUGAGCUCUGAUUUUUAAUAGCUGCAAUUCUGCUUAAUUUGCUUCACAAAAUGCCAAAUAAAAUUGAACUUUUUCAGCAAAUAAAUUUAUCUCGAAAUUUCAGCCUGUUUGUGUUAGUGUUAGUAAGUAAAAUAUUUUUGUUUGGUAGUAUUGUGGCAACCUUAACAUAGACUAAGUGUCAACAUCUCAGAUGCGCCAACCUUGUUGCCUGUAAUUCUUGUGAUUAUUUUUUUUAUUAACCAAAGCAUGUAUUUGGAUAAUUUUGUUUUUAUAUCACAUUAGGUUAAAAAAGUAAAAUUAUAAUAUAUUUAGUGUGGCCAAGAAUUGAACCGGGUCCUCUCAUAUGCCAAGUGAGCACUUUGCUUCUAAGCUACAUCCACUACAUAUAGAACAUCUGAUUGUACAUUUUAUUGAUGAAUACAGCCAGGGUUUCAUUUCAGGUUUUUUUCAGGGGGUGGGGGGAACAAAACUUUGUCAGCUUGUUGAGUUGGUUAUUACUGGAGGUCCCACAGUACAUAGCAAUUAAAAUAAAUCCUGCAAAAUCAGUGGGUGUGGGGAGGGGGGGGGGGCGCAAAUGACGUCCCUGGCUACAGCAUUACAGAAUAUUGUUAGCUUUUCUUCAGUUGUUCACAAAUUACCAAAUAAAAUUUAACUUUCACAGCGAAUCAAAUUAUAACAAAAUCGUAGGAUGUGUAUUUUUUGGCAGUAUUUUGUAGUGAAAACGGCACCAUUUUAUUUGGUGGUUUUGUGUCGGGGAAAACGAUGCCAUCUAGUAGCGUUAGUGGCGGACAUUGUUGCAAAGAGAAUUAUGUAUGUUGAUUCACUUAUAAAAUGUUUUAAUGGGAAUUUUUGCAAUCAUGUUAUUUAUUUAUUUAUUUAUUUAGGCAUUUUUAUAUAGCGCUUAUCAUAAAGCUCUAAGCGCUUUACAAUUAUUAAAACAUGUAAACUAAGUAAAUACAAAUGAGACACUAGGAUAGUAACUACUAUUCUAUAGAAACAAUGAAAAUGGCUAUAAAA